AUGAAGCUAGGCGGGUUUGCGCUCAAGAAAGGCAAGAAGAAGACUCUGGAGACGUCCGCAGGCUUUUCAACUCCCAUUUCUGCGGCUCCACAAACGUCUGAGAAGAUCUUCGUGACGGACUUUGACCCAAAUGCGCUCCCUGAGGACCGAGCAAAGGCGUUGGUCAUUCCUUUAUUGGAGACUAAUUCCUGGAAUGCUGAAUCAAAUGAAGAGAAAAUGGGUACUUUGACCGUAGAAAUGGGUACUUUAUCAGCGGACCAGGAGGCAGCGGCCGAGAUCCUCGCCGAGAGCAAAGCACAUUCAGGUGGUAACGUACUGCAGCAGGAGCUGGUGAUCCCCGUCAUCAGCGAGAAGGAAAAGAGGCGUGCAGAGCUGUUCCAGGACGGCGAAAAAAGAUCCAAAAAGGAACAGCAGAAGCCCAUUUUGCAGCAAAAUGCCGUCCCGGGUCUGGACGAGCUGCAGGACGUCACGGAAAAGUAUCGACACGACGUGGCGCUCCGCCCUGAUGCACCGGACGUUCACAGUGACGUGUACGAGUCGGUGCCGGUGGAGGCCUUUGGUGCGGCUCUGCUUAGGGGUAUGGGUUGGAGAGGAGACAUGGACUUGGAUAACGUGGGAGAAGUCCCACAGCCGAGACAUAAACUGUUGGGAUUGGGGGCGACCAAGCGACCUGGAGAGGAUAAGAAGAAGCGAAAGAAGAGGAAAAAGACAGACACGCUAGACGACGACAGACGCUCUGGAUUCAAGAGAGAAGACAGGAAGCAGUCGGUGGACAGAGAUGAAAGUCAUAGUCGUAGUCAGAGUCGGUCGGACCGCGAGAAGCGCAAUCGCAGUCGGAGCCGCGAUGAUCGAGGUAGAAACCACAGGCGUGAUCGAGACCGAGACCGUCAUAGACGCAGUCCCAGUCAUAGUCGUAGUAGCCGCUCGAACCGCAGACACUAA